AUGGGUUUGGAUGGGCAUUGUUUGGAGAGAGGUUUGAACUUGGUUGUUGUUAUUGAUGGUGGAUAUGAAUACUGGGUGGAUGGACGGAAAGUUCAUGGAACUUAGUACGUUUUUAAAGGAGAAGGCUAUUUUAAAUUUAAUUUUAAAAUUUUCUGAAAAAAAUUCUCCCCCCCCAAAAAAAAAUUUUUUUACCCGUCCAAAAAGUUUUUUAUCGGCCUUUCCUUUCAAGAUUUUUACCCCUACCAUACCCUGCCCUACUCUAUAAUAAUUCUAAUAUUUCAGUUCCCCCUACGCAAAUUUACCGGUCGAUUGUAUAGCCUUUCGUACAGGAGUGAAGCUUUCCCAUUAUUGGUUAGAAGGCAAUGAUGAUUGCUCAUACCGACUGAAAGACAAGCCUGAUAAGAAAAAAUAUCAUGGAAAUGUGCUGAGAAGUUUCAAAGAUAUCACUGAUAAGAAUCAGGACACACAAAAUGAGGCUUUUAAUCCUAAUAACAUGGAUAACAGCGACCGAAAUUUAGGUGUGGAUGGUAAAAAUAAGGUCCAGCUGGCUAGUGAUAAUGCUACUGAUAAUCAGCGGGGUAAUGACAAUAAUAUUGAGAAGCCAAAUGAUGAAAGACUAAAUGAGAAAGGUACUGAAGAAGGCACGAAUAUGACCCUAACUGAUCAGGAUGAUACGAAAGGCCAGAUAAACAAGGUUUUAAAGCAAAUCAAUCCAAAUUAUGAACAUGUUGAUGAUGAUUUAGGAAAUGCAAAAGCUACAGAAGCUCCAAAAGGUAAUUCAGAAUCACUACCUGAUAAUACUGUAGGAAAAGUAGAACAUACUGUAGCAGAAUCACCAAUAAGUGCUACGACAGCACCACUCGACAAAGAGGAUCCACAAAGUCAACUGGUGGCUGAUGCUUCAAAUAAUGCGCCUGAUGAGAACAAUAGUACAAGCAAAGUCUAUGGUAAUGGUUAUAAUGUAGUUAAUAUAGGACCAGUAGUACCUGUACAAGGAGAAAUACAAGGUAAUCAAGAAGAAGAAGCUCAAAGUGAAGUAAAAGACAAAGAUCUGGCUAAUAGUCAAGAAGAAACACCAGCUAAAAAGCCUGAAGAAGUCCUAGACAAGCCACAGGAAGAUGCUUCUGUUAAUGAAACAUAUGAAGCUCCAGCUGAAGUAAAAGACAAAGGCCUAGUCAAUAGUCAAGAAGAGACUCCAGCUAAAGAGCCUGAAGAAGCCCUAGACAAGCCACAAAAAGAACCAUCAAGCAAUGUAGAAGAAGCUCCAGAAACUCCACAAUACAAUGAUCAAGACAAUAGUACCAGUAGUCCUUCUUCUAUCCCUCCAAUACAACUGGCUUUCCCAAAAAAUUAUGAGACUCUAGAUGGACAGCUUAACAGCGACUUAGAGCGUAACAUAGUUAGUGAUAAUAAUGCUAUGCCACAAAACCUAAAAACGAGUGAUACUACCGUACCUCAUGAUCAAGUUCUAGAGGUGCCUAAUAAUGAAGUUGAUCAAACUACUCAAUUGCCUGGUUUACAAGGUUUAGGUGAACAUAAUAAUAGAGAAGAAGCUACUACUAAUGAGGAAAAAUCUAAUAGUAAUGGAGAAAAACUUAAUAAUCAUAGAGAGAUACCAAGAAAGUUAGAAGACGAGUACAGUAACAAUCUUCUUCUAAAUUUACAAGGUGAUAGUAAUAGCCCUUUAGAUAUCAAUAACAAGCUUAAUAACAAUAGAGAUUCGGAUAGUAACAAUGAUAAUAAUAACAAUUCUAUGAAUUAUCCAAACGAUCAUGACAACCCUACCGGCAACAGAGACGAUCAGAACAACUCUACUGAUUCCCCUAAUGAUCAUGGCAACCCUACCGGCAACGGAGAUAAAUAUAGCAAUCCUAUCGGCUACAGAAAUGAUCAUAAGAACUCUACUGAUUCUCCAAAUGAUCUUAACAACCCCACCAACUAUAGAGAUGAUAAUAACACCUUUAGUCCUCAAAAUGGUAAUAACGAUCCUACCGGCUACAGAGAUGACGGUAAUAGCCCUACCAACUACAACGGUGGUAAUAACAACUCAACCAACUAUAGUAAUGAUGAUAACUAUACUACCGGCUACCGAGAGAAUAGUAAUAGCCCAACAAACUACAGCGAUGGUAAUAAAAACUCUACUGAUUCUCCAAACGAUCAUAACGACUCUGCAAGCUACAAGUAUGAUGCUAACUACUCAACCAGCUACAGAGAGAACAGCAACAUCCCUAACAGCUACAAAGGUAGUGAUAACAACUCUACCGAUUACACAGAUGGUAAUAAAAAGUCUAGCAAUCCUCCGACAGAUGAUGAUAACAACCCUAACGACCACACAAAUGCUGAUAAUAACUCAAGUAAAGAAAUCGACCAUAAAUCAAGUAUUGACCACUCAAAAAAUCAACUGCCAAUUUCAGGAGCACAAGGUGUACAAAGUGGUUUAGAAGCUACACCUACACCGUUAAAAGAGGCAGUCGAUUCAAAAACUAGUCAAGCUGUUAACAACAGUCAACCUGAUGCGAAGAAUCUAUCUGAAGACACAAAUCUACCUGAAGCCCGUCAAAAUAAAGACAGUGAACCUAAAGACAGUCUACCAGAAGACAACUCAGGACUGAUACCAAUACCGCCAAUAGAAAAUCUAGGUCUUUCACACAAUGAACCAAGGUCAUCAAUGAAAAAUGUUGAAUCAUCAAGGAAUAAAGCAGAAUCUUCAACGGUAAAGCCAGAUUGAAGCUUUAAUAGACAAAAAUGAUUCUGAAUCUUCAACUUCUAAAUUUACUACACAAUCACCAAAGAAAGAGUUAGGUUCAGCUCCAAAAACAGCUUCAGAAUUACCUAACUUAAGUUCAAGUUCAGACUCGCCAAAUUCAAAAGCGGCUUCAGAAGCCUCAGCUUUAUAUUCGGCUUCAGAAUCACUUAAGUUAAGUUCAAGUAUAGAGUUACCAUAUGUAGAAGCAGAUGCUGAAUCCAAGAACCUAGCAAAUGCUUCAGAAUUCUCAGCUUUAAACCUGGCUUCGGAUUCAUCAAAUAAAGUAUCAGAUUUAGAUUCAAAGACAGCUUCAGAAGCCCCUAACUUAAAAUGGAGUUCAGCAGUAUCCAACGCUACACCCCCAAAGCCUUCAGAACAUAUCGCUACAACCGAAAAGCCAUCAGAAUCCAAUGCCACGUCACAAAAGUCAUCAGAACCUAUCGCUACAACACAAAAGUCUCCAGAAUCCAACACCAUGACCCAAAAGUUUUCAGAAUCCAACGCUACAUCACGGAAGCCAUCACAAUCUGUCAAUUCAACGCAACUGACCCUACCCCACCACCAAGAAGAAGGUCAAUAA